GGGCGAGAGUGCCGGAGCGGGUUCUGCUCGUGACACUUCGCUGCGGAGGGGAUGGCGGCGGGAGUGGCGUCGCUCUGCGGGAUGCUGCAGCCUCUGUGGCGGCGCCGCCGCCGCUCAGGGCCGCCGCUGCUGCUUCUCCAGCUGCUGCUCGUGUGGCCGCCGGGCCCCGCUGCGGCCGGCCAGCUCUCCAAGUGGCGGCUGCCGGUGCCCAUGGAGAAGAAUUUAUUUAACUUUGGAAAGAUUCUCUUCAGCAACACUACCAUUUUCCUAAAAUUUGAAGGCGAGGAAAGUGCAUGCGAUCCAUCUCAAGGCUACAAUGUCAGCUGGUACUUGAGGUAUUGUGACUGCUACAACGAGGUCUUCAAUUUUGGGGAUGAGCAGGCAGAGGUUUACGUUGGAAGUACUGUAGAAAACCGGCCCGGCUGGCCAGGAUACUACGCCAUGUCUUCGCGCUACUUCCCCAACUGUUCUGAACUCUUCAGACCGCAGAUUUUCUACAAAGAAUUUGUUCACCCAGAACCCCUCUCAGGUGGAAAACAAGAGGAUGGAGCAAACUAUACCAUUGUAUCAGAGAAUUCUGCAAUGAAUGCUGUGAUGAGAACCUGGCAAGAUGGUCCUUAUAUCUUUAUUGUGCAGAUUGGAAUUGUAUCCUCAAAGGAUGCCAAUGUGAAAACUAAAAGAGCGACAAGUGAUGAAUUGCCAAAAGUUACAGCUUCCUCUGAGCCACAGGGAACACAUUUUCACAUGAUCGUGGAAGUGAAGGGUCCUUAUGAAUACCUCUCCCUAGCAGAUUAUCCUCUCAUGAUCUUUUUCAUGGUGAUGUGCAUUGUGUAUGUGUUGUUUGGAGUUCUGUGGCUUGCGUGGUCAGCCUGCUACUGGCGAGACCUCCUGAGGAUCCAGUUCUGGAUUGGUGCAGUUAUCUUACUGGGAAUGUUAGAGAAAGCUGUUUUCUACGCGGAAUUCCAGAAUAUCCGCUACAAAGGAGAAUCUGUCCAAGGGGCAUUGAUACUGGCAGAGCUGCUCUCAGCACUGAAGCGCUCACUCGCUCGAACUCUUGUGAUUAUAGUGAGCCUGGGAUACGGCAUCGUCAAACCUCGCCUUGGAGUUACUCUUCACAAAGUAGUUGUGGCUGGAGCUCUCUAUUUAUUAUUUUCUGGCAUGGAAGGUGUCCUUAGAGUCACAGGGUCUUUCCAUGGUGUUACAGCUGUGGUAGCUAACUUCGGGCUGUCUAUCAUUGACUCCUGUAUUAUUUAUUGGAUAUUCAUCAGUUUGACUCAGACAAUGAAGUUGUUAAAACUUAGGAGGAAUGUUGUGAAGCUCUCGCUCUACCGACACUUCACCAACACUCUAAUUUUGGCAAUAGCAGCAUCUGUUGUUUUUAUCAUCUGGACCACUAUGAAAUUCAGGCUGGUAGACUGUCAGUCGGAUUGGCGGGAGCUGUGGGUGGAUGACGCCAUCUGGCGACUUUUGUUUUCAAUGAUCCUUUUUGCCAUCAUGGUUCUUUGGAGGCCGUCUGCCAACAAUCAGAGGUUUGCUUUUUCACCAUUGUCUGAGGAAGAGGAGGAGGAUGAACAGAAGGAGCCAAUGCUGAAAGAGAGCUUUGAGGGAAUGAAAAUGAGGAAUUCAAAACAAGAGUCAAACGGAAACCCUAAAGCCAGCAAAGCACAGGAAGAUGAUUUGAAAUGGGUGGAAGAGAAUGUUCCUUCUUCGGUGACGGACGUUGCUCUCCCGGCGCUUCUGGAUUCUGAUGAGGAAAGAAUGAUCACACAUUUUGAAAGAUCUAAAAUGGAAUAAGGACAGUUUGCUUGACAAGGCUUCCUGCUGUUGAAGAAAGGAAGAAACGUUUUUCUCCCAUGGAAUGCUGCAUUCUUCUGAUAUGUUCUGUGACGUUCACCUUUGGACAUUGUUCUCAGAGGAAAGAACAUUUUGCUUGGAUCACUGUGGAAGGAAUCACACACAUGUUGAUACACCUAGGAAAAUGUUUGAAUUUGCAUUGCCGCUGCAAGUGUGGGUUUUAAGCCAUUUAAACGUCUUGAUUGCAGCACGUCUUUAAUUUUUAAACAUUAUAGUCAAGCUAAAUCUAAAACUGUUCUAACAACUGCCUGAGGAAUGGUUAAUUCAAUAUUACAGCUAAAUCCCUCAUGUUUUAACCACAGUGGGAAGAGGGGAAGAGUGAUUGAUGGUUUCCCCAAACCAGCACGGGUGUUCCAGAGACAAAGGCAAGCUCAAGCUUAUAGACAGGUACCAGCGAUUGCUCAGUAAGAUGCUACGUAUAUUUAAAAAACUCUGUAUCCAGCAUCUGGGACAGUGUGUGUAGGAUUGAAUCUCGCCAGCCCAGUAAAGGACUGGUACCCAUGAGAGAUGCCAGAAUCAACCAUCUGUAAAUGAGCCUUGCCCACAGUAGUGUGCAUGCAGCAAACUGCUGUGUGCAGUAAUCUAUGGAUCAGGGUCAGUGCCUUGCAUUUUUAUUGGAUGUAGCAGCUUCUGACUGAAGAUUCUGGUCCUGGCUGGUGAAAAGGAGAAAGUUUUAGAAUGAGAACUCCUAGUUAUGGGAAACAGUUAACGCAUCACGAGGGAAGGAGGUAUUUGGGGAAAUUUAGGAUUCCUAAUAUUUUUGGCAAGAUCAAGUGCAAUUUUAUUCACUCUACUGUGUAGGAAAGAUGGUCUAUUUUAAGUUUUGCGUACGUAGAUGCAGUGAUCGCUUACGUGUUUGGUACAUAUCUCGUUGCUGGCAAUGGGGUGUGAGCAUGAGCAGUUAACUAUUCAAAUCAGAGCAGAGUGCAAUUUAAUUAAUUUUAAAAAAACAACCCUCAGCACUUAUUCACUGACCUUGACCAGCCCCAUGCCUUUAGCCUGUGCUUCUAAUAUUGUUGCAUUGGAGCAUAUUCCAUAGACUCACAAAUGCACUUGUGUUGGAGUCAACCUCCCUAUACAUGUUGACUCUUUGAAUCAGGCCUGUUCAGGCUGUGACCCACCGAGUCCAUUGCAGCCCAUAGCCGUGUCUGUGGCUUGUCAAAUGCUUGACAACCUACCUUCCUGUUUUUGCAGCUCUAGACAGACAGCAAAAGCAGUUGGGGUGUGUUAGGCCACAAGUUGUGCAGUCCUAUCCUAAAAGUUUAUGUCAGACUAACCUGUCCUAGAUGUUCACAUAUUCUACACAGAACUGUGACUUCAGAUAGCAGCUUGUUCCUGUUGCUCUUCUCAAAUAACUCCUGAAUAGACCUGGUGUCUGCACUAUGUAUCCUUGCCAGCUUCCAGGUCCCCCAGUACCUGUCCUGGGAUUAUUGAGCCACAAUGUGGCAUCAUUCUGAUGCAAUGUAGGAAAGUUAAAGUGGUGGCUCAUAGCCACCUGCCAUUGCUUCCAAGUAAAUCCAUGUCCAGGGGCCCAGGGCCCACCUGAGAGCACCUCCAAACCUGAAUCUGGCCCUAAAUACACAUUCAUAUACCAUAUCCAACACUUUGUCAAUUUAUAAAGUUCCUAAUAGCCCAGUCCCUAGGGCCAGAAGCAUCCUAUUAUACUUCCAGUGACUCCAAACAUUCUGCUACAAUUAUUCCCAUCUAGUCACCUUUCAGUUAGUUGUUCCUUGUCCCACCUUCCUUCCUACUAUGAUCUUUAAUAAAGAGCCACCUCUGACAACACGCUUUUAUAAUUAAAUGUAUUUGAAAAUUCAAGUACCUCACAGGAUUUUGUAAAAAGAGAUUCUCAGAAAAUUAAGCCUGUCACUGAGAUAUUAAAAGUCCUGUAAAGGGGGCAAAUUGUUUAUAACAACAACAUUCUCCUGCAAUAAUUUAUGCAAAUAUGCUGUUUUGGGAAGUUUCUGUUCUGGGUGUCUUGUGGGAGGGAAGGAUUUUUUGGGGGUAUUUUUCAAAUGUUAGUGCCAAAAUUUGGGCUUCAUUGCUGGUUUUUGACACUUUCAGCCCUCUAGCAGCAGAACCUGGAAUUAGGAUUUCACAUUAAAUGUGGCAUUGUUUGGAUUUUGCUUUCCAGAGGCGUUUUAGCUGUACUUAUGUAUAAGUGGUUUGGUAAUGGGUUUUCCUGUAACUUACAGGCACUCUUUCAUUUGAUUCAAUUUGCAGUUGCAGAUUUCUGUUCUGUAUAAUAAAAUUCUUUUUUUUCUUAAA